AUGGCUGUGUCAAACGGAAUCAAUAUGGAGCUCGAUUCACCCCAGCUCAAUGGGAUUGAAGAGCGCUACAGUAACUUCUUUGAAAAGAUGAAAGACAACAAUCCUGAUUGGUCUGAGCCACAAGAGAGAAUUUUGUUAGAGCCUUUUACUUAUCUCACCUCGACCCCGGGAAAGGAGAUUCGGUCGAUGAUGAUUGAUGCCUUCAAUCAUUGGCUCUUCGUACCCGCUGAGCAGCUCAACGUGGUCAAACGGAUUGUUGGCCUUCUUCAUACAGCCAGUCUUCUCAUGGAUGAUGUAGAGGAUGGCUCCGAAUUGCGUCGCGGGAUCCCAGUGGCACACAAGAUUUAUGGUAUCCCCCAAACUAUCAAUACGGCUAAUUAUGUCUAUUUUUUGGCCUACCAAGAGCUAUCCAUGUUACAUCCUUCUCAAGAUAGCUCUGCCUCGAACCUUUGGAAGCUCAUCAAUGAGGAACUGCUAAGGCUACAUCGCGGUCAAGGUAUGGACCUAUAUUGGCGAGACUCCUUGACCUGCCCCACCGAGGAAGAAUACAUCCAAAUGGUCAAAAAUAAAACCGGCGGUCUGUUCAGGAUUGCAAUCAAGCUCAUGAUGGCCAUGUCACCGCUUAGAGAAAUUCCAGAUUACGUUCCCUUGGUGGAUUUAAUGGGGAUCAUCUUUCAGAUAAGAGACGAUUUGUUAAACCUGUCAUCAGUCUACACCGUCAACAAGGGUUAUUGUGAAGACCUGACCGAGGGCAAGUUCAGUUUCCCGAUCGUCCACGCCAUCAGGGCGGACCCCUCGAAUCACCAGCUACUCAACGUCCUGCGACAACGUCCGACAGACGAUGGGAUCAAAUCCUAUGCGGUCAGCUACAUGAAGGAGAAGACCAAGUCCCUGGCCUACACUCGGAUGGUCUUGACCGUCCUUGAGGGUCAAGCGGAUAAAGAGGUCGCCCGCUUGGGUGACAACUCCGCAUUGCGAUCGAUCCUCUCUAUGAUGCACGUCGCUCCUUCGCCCGCCCAGUCCAAUGGCUCUCCACCCGCUCAGUCCAAUGGCUCUCCGCCCGCCUAA